AUGCUCGGAAACGCUACAACCACUCAAGCAUCUCUCAACCUUGCCCAAGUAUUCAACACCGGAAACCUUUCAAGCACAAGUACAGCAGAUUCCGAGUUCCUUGAUGAAAUCGAAGCUUUAUUAGACGCAGACAGGCUAUCACUGGACAGUUUAGAAGGAGAGGGUGGCAUUCAUGAUCUCCUUUCAAGUUCAGAUGCUUCGAUUGAGAUUGUUGAAUACUCUUGUCACGACGGAAGCCUAGACUCGAGCACCAAUAGCGGCGGUAGUGGACGUGAGACUGCGUCAGAGCAGAGCGAGCUCUACGCAAUCGGGGAUCGUCGCAAGAAAUACCGAUAUCGCGAAAAGAAGGAGCGUCAAGACCUAACACGGUUGAAAAGGGAGUUGACUUCGAAGGUGCAGGAGUUGUUUGAUGCUAAAAUGGGUAGAAAUACCACCGCGCGUACCGAUAUUGCACUGACGAAAGAUUUCUGGCCCAAACUAGCAAGGCAGCAGCGGGAAGAGCGUGAGAAAGCAGAAGCGGAACAAAAGCGGCUUGUUGCAGCGGUUCAGUCCCAAGCUGCGUAUAUCGAGAACCUCUGUGCGAUCCAGCGCGACCUACCAUCAUGGGGGACAGAUCACAUUGGAAAUGACCGAUGGCUUCGACUUAAGUCCUCGGAUACGGCUUUGUUCAAGACCUACAGUGCAGAAACGGAGGAGUGCUACGCUCGAAUCGACAAGGUGUUUGCUGAGUGGGGCAUGGAAUUUCAGCCAACAAGCCGCCCAGAAAGUGGAGUACAACACACGUAUUGUCUCAACAGAAUCCUCCCACCAUUAACCUUUGAAGCCGCUUGCAACUUCCUUUGGAAUGAUACCGGAGUUCCGUUUAGAGGGAACAGUAAAGAGAUUUACCAAAAUGUGGAUGAGCCUGAGAACACAGCGGCUGUCAAGUUCCGAGUGAAAAAAACGCUUACUUGCGGCUCACCUGUGUCGAUCUUGAAGCGUGUAGUCGCAAGGCGUUUCUUCGAAGAGGAUCGCAUGGUUGUAGUGAUCAAGAGCUUCAUUGAGGGCGAAGGAAUCUUUAGUGGGAUGGAUAUGGAGAAGACCUGUUGGAGCAGUAUUCAACGCUGUGCAAAUGGGAGUAAUGGAGCCAUUUUAGAGUUUUGCUCUCGACAACUCCCAGUUCCAUUUCUUGAAGGGUGUUCCAGCGAUUCAACGGUAAAGACGUUUCAAGUGAUGCUGAAGGACGUGACGACGGACGAGGAGCUCGAAUUCGCUAAUUCUCUGAAGCAAUUUGUGCUGGCCAAUUCCUUGGAGGACAUCGGUCAGCUAUUCAAUUGA